AUGAAAACAUCCUGUGGUGAUCACCAUCACCCACUUCCACUGUACCUCGAGGCCUUGCCGUCAGUCUACCAAGGGAAGCAUGAAGAUAUUCUUAAGCAUAAGAGAGAAGAUGGGUCGCUAUUCCAUUCCCCGUCAGCAACUGCUUGUGCUUUCAUGAUCACUGGAGAUAAAGAUUGCAAGCAGUAUUUGGAAGCCAUGGUCCAAAGAUGCGGGCGUGGAGUUCCUCCCACGUAUCCUGUGGACCAAGACCUUGUAAAGCUGUGUCUGGUGGACCAUUUGAUGCGACUAGGAUGCGAUGAACAUUUCACCAACCAAAUAGGAGAUGUGAUGGAGAAACUUUAUUGGAACUGGGAGACGAAGGAGCUGGAACCUUCUAAGAUGCACGAUCUGCCGCUCCAAAUUUUCGGGGAUUCUUUAGCCUUUCAACUCCUGAGGAGGCAUGGCUAUCGAAUAUCUCCAGAGAGGUUUUGCCGGUUUAUGCGUGAACCACAAAUGCUCUUGUACAUGGAAGAGAACUACCAAGACUUCUUUGGAGCCAUGUAUGCUUUACCAGUGGCCAAGACCUUCAAGGAAGAGGGAUAG